AUGUCCACAUUGUCUUUUGAAUCACUCUGCUUAGAGGAUAAUUAUCCAUCUACAACACUGAAACAUGGCUUGGAAGAUGAGCUUGACACAGACUUGGAGGUGGAUGAAGAAAACAGGAAAAAUAAGACAUCUGUCGCUGACAUCUACCUGCAAGCCUGCAAGUUGGUGGGUGUUGUGCCAGUUUCAUAUUUCAUUCGGAACCUUGAUUCUCCAAUCAUGACACUCAGCCACCACAGCCUCGGCCCACUGGGGUGCAAGGCACUCAGUAUUGCAUUAGUGAGCGACAUGCAUAUCACCACUCUUGAACUGGCCGAUAAUGACAUACAAGCAGAGGGAGCCAAGCACCUGGCAGAGAUGCUGAGGGCUAAUUUCACCAUCCAAUAUUUGGACUUAUCCAACAACCGUCUUCAUUCUACUGGAGCUGAGUAUGUGGGUAAAAUGUUGGCAGACAGCAUUUCACUCAAAUCCAUCAAACUGUCAGGAAAUGGAUUCACAGAUGAUGAUGCCAAGUAUUUUGCAGAUGCUUUGACUAUCAAUUUGGGAAUUAAGGAGUUACACCUGAGCCAUAAUAGGUUUUGUGGAAGAGGAGGGGAGCAUCUAGGAUUCCUCUUGGCAAACAACGAGAGUCUGGAGGUGCUGAACCUUUGUUGGAAUCACUUCAGAAUGAAAGGAGCCGUUGCUCUUUGCGCUGGCCUCAAGGUGAAUAUGAUGUUAAAGCACCUUGACCUAUCGUGGAACGGUUUUGGGAAUGAGGGGGCCUUGGCUAUGGGCGAAGCUCUGAAAUUCAACAACACUCUGGUGCACCUCAACCUCAGCAACAACCGCAUCACCAACGAGGGUGUCAGCAUGCUCUCCAAGGGUCUUGAGUACAAUGAUACUCUGCGUGUUCUGCUGCUGGCUUACAAUUCCUUAACAGUAGAGGGAGCACUGGCUCUGGUCAAUGCGGUGAAGAACACACAUAAAACCGCCUUGGAGGAGAUCAAUAUAUGUAAUGUGUUAGUUAAUGAGAACUUUUUGCAUCUACUGGAUGUGACGUGUGAGGAGCAUCCUGGUCUGGAUGUACAAUAUGGAGGUGUGGGAGGGUUUAUUGCCAAGAAACCAGUAAAACGCAUAGACCCAAUGAAAGUCAUUCAGGACUAUCUGGAUCAACACAAGCUACGUCUGUGGGAUUUCUUCCGAAACAUUGACAAAGAUGCCACCAUGCGAGUCCCAGUGGCUGAUUUCAGGAACGCAGUACAGCAAUCAAGUGUUCCCUUGGAUCGAUUCCAGAUUGAGGAGCUUAUUCAGAGGCUGGCUCGUGAUGGGACAGGAAUGGUAGACUACAGGGGACUGGCUGAUACAAGGAAACAGAUGAUGAAGAAUCACCGUCGACAGCUACACAAGUUUGCAUCCCGUCAGAAGAAAGAAAAGCAUAAGAGUGACCGCAUCCUGAAGACCUUCCAAAGCGCUGUGGAGGCAGUGACGCCGCAAGGCUCAAUGGUCAUAUCUCCAGGUGACCCCAGAGAUUCAACUGGGCCUCAACACUUCUCUGCGACCCCUCUUAGCUCUUGGCACCACAUUGUUAUGUCCAAUAGUGGUCGGUAUUCAAUCUCCAACCCCAGCAGUGACCAUGUCCACCUGCCCACUUUAGCAGGCACAAGGCCUCCCCAUUCCACCAAAUCUCCAAGUUUGCACUCCCGCUCCCAACCCAACCUGCUGACUGCCUCCCCUCACACUGCGCAAGGCAAGUCCAUCUCUGCAAAGGCUAUACGCUCCAACCCAGAGAUGCACCACAGCAUGCUUAAGCCUGCUUUUACCCACCUGACCAGGUCUAGACCAGCUCUUGACAAUAAGCAGAUGGGGCUUGAAGCUACAAGUAAAAAAGGGAGGAAAACAAAAGCAAAGAAGCUUGUGGUGAAAUACUCAAAGAAUCCGACAACUGUUAAAAAAAAAACCUGA